CAGGUUCCACCCGGGCCCGGCCGGCCCCCGGAAGCAGCCGUGUGUGGCGGGUGCUGCUCUCAGCCCUGCGCGGAGCCAGAGUCUCUCCGCAGCUGGGCGGACGCUUCCCCCGCCCCCCUCAGCCCAGCGCGAAGCCGUCUCUGAGCGCGGCGGCGGCCGGAGGAGGCGGCGGUGGGCGCGAGACCCCCCCCCCAGAAGAGCCGCCGCCACCACCACAGCCGGGCAGAUUCUGUUUACUUCUGUCAAAUAGCUGCAACCCAAAGAUGGCUGCAAAUAAGCCCAAAGGUCAGAAUUCUUUGGCUUUGCACAAAGUAAUCAUGGUGGGAAGUGGUGGCGUAGGAAAAUCUGCUUUAACACUGCAGUUCAUGUAUGAUGAGUUUGUGGAAGACUAUGAACCCACCAAAGCAGACAGCUACAGAAAAAAGGUAGUUCUGGAUGGGGAAGAGGUCCAAAUAGACAUAUUGGAUACAGCCGGCCAGGAGGACUAUGCUGCAAUUAGAGACAACUAUUUCCGAAGUGGAGAGGGAUUUCUGUGUGUCUUCUCUAUCACAGAGCUGGAAUCUUUUGCAGCUACAGCAGACUUCAGGGAGCAGAUUUUAAGAGUAAAAGAAGAUGAGAACGUUCCCUUUCUGCUAGUUGGUAAUAAAUCAGAUUUGGAAGAUAAAAGGCAAGUUUCUGUAGAGGAAGCAAAGAACAGAGCUGAUCAGUGGAACGUUAACUAUGUGGAAACUUCUGCUAAAACGCGAGCUAAUGUUGACAAGGUGUUUUUUGAUUUAAUGAGAGAAAUUAGAGCCAGAAAGAUGGAAGACAGCAAAGAGAAGAAUGGGAAGAAGAAAAGGAAAAGCCUAGCUAAGAGGAUCAGAGAAAGAUGUUGCAUUUUAUAAUCAAAGACCCAACUCCUUUCCUUCCUUGACCAUGCUAAUAACCAUAACUUAUAAGCAUGCCAUCAAAGGCUUAAAUGACUGAAAUUUAACAUUUUGGAAAUCGUAAUGUAUCACUAAAAGCAUGAAUUGGAACUGCACAGAGUUAAAUUCACUGAAAAAAAUUUAAUGUGGCUUCAAGAGAAGCAAAGUUCAACCCAUUUCAUAAUUGCCUACCAUCACUGUUCUUCUGAAUGUAGUAUUUCAUAGGCAGUCUUUCUUUAACAGUAAACAGAAGGAAGUAUUACUUUCUGUGGUUUCUUGUAAAGCAUAAAUUUUGUAUCACUAAAUCUUCAA